GUCGUGCGGUGGUUAGCCGAAAGCCCAAAGAUAGCAGGCUUUGGGAUCGAGUGAGAAACGCGAGUUCCGUCGAGCGCGCGGUGAUUCGGCCCGAGGAGGCGAACAGCAAGUCCGGUGCACAGUGUAAAUUGCUGCGUUCUGGGCUCUCGAGUCCACUCGGAAGUAUUUCCCGCACCGAGAAUAGUUUCCGUGCUCAAGGAGCAGCUGCAACCGACAAAGUGCUAGAACGAAAUCGUCCAUCAGCAAGAAAACCGUUCAAACGAAAAGAAUCCUGCGGCUAGCGGAAAAAGAACGCGAGGAGUGUACGCGGGGCCAUGAAUCGAAUGGUAAUGAAGAAGUCACCUUACGGCACCGAGGACGAUGAUGAUGAGGACGAGGACGAGAAGGACGGUGGUGGCGAUUUGUCCGAUUCCGAUUUCGAUGAUGACGAAGAUCCGGACGAGAUAGAAGUGCCAGGAGGCGGAAAGGACUUGGCGACCGUUGCUACCUUGACCAAAAAGUUCAAAGCGGAAGCAGAUCGUGGCAGCCCGCUGCUAAUGCACCCUGAGAAGAAAACUAUCGGCAGCGGCAGCGGCACGACGGGUGCGAGUAGCCGCAUCGGUGGAGUGUACGACGCUAUGAAACCUUUGCCCAAGAUGGUUGUUGGUGGCAGUGCCACCCGCGAUGGGUAUCCUUCGGCGUCCGGUGUGGGUCCGGCCCAUCAGCGUAUUGGUGCGAGGGGUAGUGCUGGUGGCGUUUCUGAGACGUUUCUCAGAGGUGGCCCUAGCGGCAGCAGCAGCAGCAGUAGCAACAUAAUUAUACCCAGCGCUAGUGGCAGCUCGGCGAUGGGCAAGCGGUCAACCUCGGCAGCAGCGUCACUCGUGGUCCCCGGGACGCCACCGCCUGGCGCAACUAGCAUACUGGGUGGUCUGGGCAGCUACUACCCACCGAGCAUUGCCACUCUGCUGGCGCAGAUGGAAAUGACUGGCCUUGGGUUCGGUGCCAACACCUCGAUCACGGCAGGCAGUAAGGACAUGAACUCUUUGAUGGCGAGCCAGCUAAUGCUUCAAAACCUGCAGGCCAUGCUGGCAGCCAAUCCGCACUACCUGACCAGUGGUAUUCCAACCAAACUGAUCUCACAAAUGUGGAUGGCCGACCCGACCAAGGUGCGUUUAAAUCAAAUACCCGAGGAAGAGGAGGGAGAAGAGGAAGAAAUGGGUGUUGCUGAAACGUAUGCCGAAUACUGGCCUGCAAAACUGAAGAUAGGCAAAAAACACCCGGACUCGGUGGUGGAAACCGCCUCCCUAUCGUCCGUGGAGCCGUGCGAUGUUUACUAUCAGUUAUCCAUCCCCGCCGAAACCAUUAACGCUGGACUGUUGAGUGCACUGCAGCUGGAGUCGAUUACCUACGCCUGUCAGGCGCACGCCCAUCUGCUGCCGGAUGGAUCCAGGGCCGGCUUCCUGGUGGGCGACGGAGCUGGUGUUGGCAAGGGGCGUACCAUUGCUGGCAUUAUCUACGAGAACUACAUGAAGGGUCGCAAGAAAUCGCUCUGGAUAUCAGUGUCCAACGACUUGCGAUACGAUGCGGUGCGAGAUUUGCUAGAUAUUGGCGCCAAAAAGAUUGAGGUUCACGCUCUCAACAAGUUAAAAUAUGCCAAAAUUAAUUCCACCCUUAAUAAUAACUGCAAGAAGGGCGUCAUCUUCAGCACAUACUCGGCCCUGAUCGGUGAGUCGCAGAGCACGACGGGAAAGUACAAGACGCGCCUCAAGCAGCUCCUGCAGUGGUGUGGACCAGACUUUGACGGACUGAUCGUGUUCGACGAGUGCCAUAAGGCGAAAAAUCUGUGCCCAGUUGGGUCAAGUAAACCGACCAAGACAGGUCUGACGGCACUGGAGUUGCAGAACAAGUUGCCGAAAGCGCGUGUCGUCUACGCGUCCGCGACCGGUGCGUCCGAACCCCGCAACAUGGCCUACAUGGUUCGGCUGGGAAUCUGGGGCCAGGGAACACCAUUUCCGUCGUUUAACGAUUUCAUACAAGCGGUUGAGAAACGUGGCGUCGGAGCAAUGGAAAUUGUAGCGAUGGAUAUGAAACUGCGCGGAAUGUAUAUCGCCCGGCAGCUCAGUUUCCACGGCGUGACAUUUAAGAUUGAGGAAGUACCGCUGACAAAGGAAUUCAAAAAGGUUUACGACGAAUCUGUUGAGCUGUGGGUAGAAGCGAUGCAAAAAUUCACCGAGGCGGCCGAACUAAUCGAUGCCGAAAGCCGGAUGAAAAAGACGAUGUGGGGCCAAUUUUGGUCCGCCCAUCAGCGAUUCUUCAAGUAUCUUUGCAUCGCCUCGAAAGUAAACCACGCGGUAAAGGUGGCCCGUGAAGCGAUCAAGUAUGGCAAGUGUGUUGUGAUCGGUUUGCAGUCGACAGGUGAGGCGCGUACGCUCGAGCAGCUCGAGCGUGACGAUGGCGAGCUGACGGACUUUGUGUCCACCGCCAAAGGUGUGCUACAGUCGCUGGUAGAAAAACACUUUCCUGCUCCGGAUCGCAAUCGCAUCAAUCGGUUGCUGGGCCUCGGUGGUGGAGGUCGUACGCUGCUCGAUAGUAUCCUCGACGAUGCCGACGGCAGUGCUGCUGGCGGAAACAAAGGAAAGACCGUGGGAAUAAAUAGCACCGGUGUGGAUGUGAAACGUAAGCGAUCGGCAGCGAAGGCAACGAGUAUAGCGAAGUCGAAGCGAGUGAGAAGUAAUAACUCGUCGGACGAAGAUGCUGGGGAGUCGUCCUCGGCCGACGGAGAGUCCGAUAGCGACUCGAAGGCGUCGGAAAGCGAACAGGAAGAUAGUGACGCUGGCGACCAUGGCGGUUACGAUAGCGGGGCGAGUCAGAGCGAUGAGUAUAACCCUUUCUACUGUGGUUCCGACAGUGACGAUGAUCCGUGGGUGAGCGGAGGAAAAAGUAAGUCCACCACGUUCUCCGGGGAGAAGGCGAAAGGAAAAGCGACCAGCAAACCGGAAACUGCUGCUAGUGGUGGGGGACGCAAGAAGCCGGCCAGUACGCAGGAUAAAAUCCAAGCGCACCUGACGAAGAAGCAAACGGAUCCGAAACCGCUGACGAUCCAAUCUGGCAAUGGAUUUUCGAUACAGUUGGCUGGUGGUCCACCGCCAAAGGAUGCGAUUGAGCGAGCGUGUCAGAUGAAGGACGAGUUGUUGGGCAAAAUUGAGCGACUUGGUGAGCGGUUACCGGCUAACACGCUCGAUCAGUUGAUCGACGAGCUGGGCGGCCCGGAGAAUGUGGCUGAGAUGACGGGACGCAAGGGUCGGGUGGUGCAAAACGAUGAUGGUUCGAUACAGUACGAGUCACGGUCCGAGCAGGACGUGCCACUCGAGACACUCAACAUAACGGAAAAGAAGCGCUUCAUGGAUGGCGAUAAGGACGUGGCGAUCAUCUCGGAGGCUGCGUCGAGUGGUAUCUCGCUGCAGAGUGACCGGCGUGUCCGGAAUACGCGGAGGCGAGUUCACAUUACGCUCGAACUGCCCUGGUCUGCCGACCGCGCGGUGCAGCAGUUUGGAAGAACGCACCGCUCGAAUCAGGUCAAUGCGCCAGAGUACAUGUUUUUGAUCUCUGAUCUGGCCGGUGAACGACGGUUUGCUUCGACGGUCGCGAAGCGGUUGGAAUCGUUGGGUGCCCUGACUCACGGGGAUCGUCGCGCAACGGAGACACGCGAUCUCUCACAGUUCAACAUUGACAACAAGUACGGCCGGACGGCAUUGGAAGCCGUAAUGAAAACGAUCAUGGGGUACGAAUCGCCGAUCGUGCCCCCUCCAGCCGACUAUCGUGGGGACUUCUUUAAGGAUGUUGCAGCCGCGCUGGUCGGUGUGGGGUUGAUCGUCAACAGUGAGCAGAUGCCGGGCGUGUUGAGCCUCGACAAGGAUUACAACAACAUAUCGAAGUUCCUAAAUCGCAUACUGGGCAUGCCCGUUGAAUUGCAGAAUAGACUGUUUAAGUACUUUACCGACACGCUUGUGGCGACCAUCGAGCAGGCGAAAAAACGGGGCCGCUUCGAUCUCGGCAUUCUUGAUCUGGGAGCGGCGGGAGAGAACGUGACACGCAUCAAACUGGUUCGGUUUUCACGCAAGCACGCGACAGGAAUUUCGCCAACCGAGCUACACGUUGUACAGGUGGAGCGAGGCAUGAUCUGGCAGGAGGCGAUCGACAAGUGGUCGGAAUUGGUAGGUGACAAGGAAGGUUUCUACCGUUCCCUACAGCCCCGCAACGGCAAACACAAUGUUAUAUUGGCAAUUGAGAUGGACAAUAGUCCGGCGAAAAAGAAGAACACUCUUCUAACGAGUAGCAGCAGUACCACCAGUGCGGCUGACGCGGCCAGGAUAAAAAAGGAGAACACUCUCUUCCAAGUGUACCAAGCCAACACGGGGCUACAGUUCAAGCACGAGUCAUUGGCGGAGCUUGAGAAGCGCUACGUAAAGGUGCAGAGUACCGAAGCCGAACUCCACUGGACCCAGUUAUACGAUGCCUCGGUCAACACGUGCUCCCAUAGCUACUGGAAGGGUCACUGUCGAAACGUUUCAAUGGGCCAGGAAUGUGAGGUUGGGCUGCGAAGACGCACCUACAGCGUUCUGUCCGGAUCGGUGCUUGCCGUGUGGGCCAGGGUAGAAAAUAGUUUGGCCGCACGCAUUGGCGCACAGUCGCGCAUGCAAGUGAUCCGGUUGAAGACGAAGGAAGGUGUGAAGAUCGUCGGUACGCUUAUUCCAAAGAAUUGCGUCGAGCAGCUGGUGAAGGAUCUGUCGAGCGAUGCGCAAAAGGUGGAUGAAGUGAUCUUCGAUAAUUAGUGAUGAUGGUAUCGGUAGCAGUUCUCUUGAAAGCUCAGGCAAGUCUUUCAUGCCGCACCGUAGAUCUUCCAGUGGAAUUGUAAGUUGCUGUCUUUUGUCGACAAACUCACGUUUUCCUAACAUCGCUAACGGGUGCCUGUGAAACGGAGAACCCUUGCUGAACGGUAACCCAGUCACGCGCAUAACUUUUUUCGUUUUUGAUGACCCUUUGCAAAUAAUCUUGUGAUGGCGAAACUUUCUUUUACAGCAAUGAUUAGCUUAUCAUUUCGCAUAAUUGAACUGAACUGAAGAUGAAUUCAUCUUUACCAAAACUGAUGAACUGAAGGCAUGGGUGUUGCUGUGUAGCAACGAUGUUAGUUAUCGUUUGAAUUAAACCCACGACUCGAAGCGUUUGACACAAUAAUUUAAUGAAUGGAGUGUUUGCAGUCAUUUUUGUUAGAAAUAUAGUUCCCGCAAGAUGCUAGUUCCUUUAAUUAUACGAGAAAAGGCUGAGAAAACGGCGAAUUUGUUUUCGCGUGCAAAGUUCGGAGUGAACUUUCGUCGCAGAAUACUUCGUUUGUGUUUCCUCUUCGAAGAUAGAGCAAGUAUGUAAAAUUUUGUACAAAUUACGCUAAUUUUGAACAAAAACAAAACCUUUGUUUAGUUAGACAAGUGUUAGUUGUGCUCUUUUGGAUCGUGGGAGCAGAAAAACGUAUACCUUAAACACUGUAAAAUUAAUGCAAAACUGUCAAAAGACUUACAUCCCAGAAAACCGUAGUUAAGUUAUCAGAAAGCCCAACAGUCCGUUUAGUGCGCACUCGCCUACACUAUUGCGCUUUGUGUUAAGCAACAAAUAUAAGCAACUUCAGUGAGACUAGUGAUACUCCGCUUCGGGUGUUAAGAGCCAGAAUCGGAAUUAGUAGCGAAGAUAUUCAAAUAAAACAACCUCAAUGGUAAGAGCGAA